UUAACACGUGAGCAGGAAAGUUAGUCACAUUGUCGAGUGUGUGCAACUGCUUGAAGAAUAAAAAGAACAAAUACAUCAAUCAAUUGUAUUGAAACAAUUUUUUCUUCAAGUGCUCAGUGUCAUCGUGUCUCGUAUCAAGUCAUUAUUAGGCAGGUACGAAGCGAUCGAGACUCGUUGCCAAAUUCACUGCCUAUAUACUAUACUCUCGUCUACUGUUUUGUAUGUGUGAUCCAGUCAUUUGGAUAUUCUGAUAUUUAAUUGUGAUGGAGGAAGCAGUUUGCAUCAAUGAUUAUGAUCAAGGUUGUGCGAGUGGUGGAAACGGUGAUUUUCAGACUGAUCAGCUAAACAACAUGGACUUGAACCUGGAUAGAUUUGAUAGCUCGUUCUUGGAGCUUGAUGAGGAAGACCUGUCUGAGAUUCACCGCAUGGUUGAUGAGUGGGAACUAAAUUUCGGUGCAUUAGAGAGCUCUGAUGGUGAGGAACUGGUGAGACUUAUUCAAAUAGACAAUCCCAGUCAAUUGGGUUGGUCUCAUUAUCCUGGUGCCGUUGGGUCCAGCCACAGCAACAACAGCAAUGCAGAUUGGAGCAACAGUAUAGAUUGGAGCAGCAAUGUGGAUGAGCUCCACGACCGUUUGCCAUCCUAUUAUACGGCAUUGGCAUCGUCUCGAUCAGCUCCGUGGAUGCCUCCCGCUUCGCAGCUAGUCUUUAAUAAGUUGCCGGCCUACAUCACGGACAUGGCCCCGCUCGAUGCAGCAACGACGAGCGACAGCGCUUGUGGGUCUGUAGGUCAACCAGGUAAAAAGAAACUCAACUUGGCCGAGUACCGAACGCGCCGCGAGAAACAAUUGCAGCAAAUGCAAGAAGAAGAAGAGCAACAACAGCAACAACAACAGCAGAUAAAACAGGAACAGGAAGAACAAGAUCAACAAAUCCUCCAACAACAGGAAGCCAAUGAGCAAAAAGAUGAAAAGAUUCGGGUCAAGGCCGAUCAAAUCGAUAAACAGCAAUGUUAUGUGAAACCGCAUCAAGCCAAAGAAUCUGCGCUGGUCAAAGAUGAACCGGAAGAAGGAGAAGUGGAGGAAGAAGAGGUGAAAGAGAAACACAAGAAACAACAACAACCAGAAGUUGCCUCAGUCAAGUCACGAAGGAUCAGGUCGUCCCGCUCGCCGACCCGCUCCUACUCAUCACAGUCGUCGUCCAGCAGACGAUGCCGCUCCAGUUCGGCGUCGUCUUACUCUAGCCGUUCGAGAUCGCGUUCUCCGUCACACCGUCGCGGCCGGAGAAGAAGGCGAUCGUCUUCCAAUUCUUCGUCGUCGUCUUCUUCGUGGAACCGCAAAAUCCGACACACCAGCAGUCGGAGACGGACGGGGCGAAGACGACGGACGCCGACGCCUCCGCCGCGAUUAAGUAGCAGCCGUGGGGGUUACGGCGAUCGGAGCCACCGAGAGAGGCGCCAGCAACACCAACAACAAUCAGAGCGUCAACGACAGAUUGAGGAGCGGCGCGUGAUUUACGUGGGGAAAUUGGCCGACGGCACCACACGGUCGGAUCUCCGCCAACGGUUCGAACCGUUUGGUCCCGUUGUCGACAUUAGUCUGCACUUUCGGGAGCGCGGGGAUAAUUACGGGUUCGUUACUUUUUCGUAUAAAGUGGACGCCUACGAAGCGGUGGAACACGGCAACGACGACCCGCAUUUGCCUAAAUACGAUUUGAGUUUUGGUGGCCGACGGGCAUUCUGUAAAGAGACUUACGCCGAUUUAGAUGCGGUGGACGAUGACGGGCGUUCCAAGGCCAACGAUGUUGAUUUCGAGACACUGUUGAGGGCCGUCAAGGUUCAACUGACUCGCCGUCCUUGCUCUUGACACUGGGCUACUAGUAAUUAUUUCUACCUUCUAAGCGAAAUUAUCUUUUUUCUAUUUCUUUUCUCUCUUAUCUCUCCCUCAUUUUUCAAAUAUUGUUUCCGUCAUCACACGAAAAAUCAAUCAGCGCUUCCCUCUUUAUUUUGUUGUCACCACACAAAACACAGACGGGGGGCAUAACAACCAAACAAAAAUCUUAGUGUGUAAAACGUUCGUCUUGUCCCUCCAUUUCUUUUUUUGGAAUGAUUCAGAAAACAAAUGGUUUCGUGGUUUAGUUUAGUGCAGUCACAUUAUUCAGUCCCAAAGUGCCUAUCUCUUCUUCUUUUCUUUUUCCCGCUUUACAUUUUUCAAAGCAAAAUUGACCCUUUUUGUUAUUAUUAUUUUUUUUCUUUCUCUUUCUUCUGUUGCGACGAAUGGCAACCGCGGCCAAUGGGGUAAAAUCAACUAACAUAAUUUUGAAUUUAGUUUUGGGGCUAAUUGAAUGAAAUUUAACUUGUGUGAUGUAAGAAUGUGAAAUUUGAACUUCUGGGUUGGAAAUUUGAUUUUCAAAAACGUUUGAAAAAGUAGAAGUCGGAAAUUCUUUUCUUUUGAAAACAAAACAAUUUUCAGAGGAAAAAAUUAAUACAGGUCAAAUGUGUGUGUGUGUGUGUGGGAUGAAAAUCGGGCGUCAUACAAAAUACACUCAAGGAAGUUGUUGAUCGUUUCAAAGUGUGAAGCACAAAAGAAACUUUUUCGGUUGUUUUUCUAUUGAUAACAUGGGGCGAAUGUUGCACAGAGACACAGAUACCACGCGAUUGACCCAAUUGAGAUCGUCUAGCAAAAUAGGCCCCCCUCUCUACCGUUUUCUUUCUUCUUCUUCUUUGUAAAUUUUCCCACUUUACACGUUAGAAGCAAGUGGAGCACGUGAAUCGGCUAUUAAAAAUUUUCGGUCGAGGUUUAAAUUGCGUUUCUUCUCUGCCUGGUGACCGAGUCUAGACUCUUGAGAGUAUCAAGUCAUCUUUAAUCUAAAUGGGGGCAAAUAUGUUACAAGACUCUUAUCAAUGUGUCCUCUGAUGGGGUUCUUUUUUUCUUUCUCCUUAUUUAAUAGCUGGCGGAAGUGGUUAACAAUUUCUACCGCAACGAUGUAACCUCCACCUUUUGUAGAGUGUCGUCCAAUUUGUUCCUGUUUGGAGGGGGGUGUGUUGUUAUUCUUUCGAUGGUUGUAGGCUAACCGAAAAAAGAAUAAGAAGAAGGUGGGAGUUCCCGUUGAACCCCGGUUCCGUAUUAGCAGCAAAUUGUUCAACACGAAUUUAUUCUUGCGGGUAAUUUAUCUUUGCGAGUUUAUUUUUUUUUUCCUCUUUUAGUUUAGUGGAACAUUUGUUUGUGUGUGGUGUAAACCGCCUUCUUUAACGAGCUUUGUAUUAAAAGAAAAAAAAAAAGAGAAAAUUGAAUUCAAUGGCGACCCCGUUUCGUUCAAUUUUUCCUUCUUUUUUUCGCACAAAAAGAAGUUCCGUCCAUUGACGUAACGUACCGCUAAAAGAAAAAAGAUGCGCUUGGAAUUUCUUACUCUAAUCGCUUAGCGAAAAAAUUCGAGGAAAUGUCAUUUUUCGCCUAGUGUGAAUAACCGGUUACGCAACAACUGCCGAUCGACUGCCGCAGCUUGGAAAACCAAAUUCCGAUCGCCUCAUUUAUUCAUUUUUAUUCUUGUGUAGAAAGAAACGUUCGUUCUUUCUCUACACGUGUAGAAUGCCUUCAAGGUGAAUUGCACCGAAUUAUUAUGCGCUGCGGAUGAGAUGAUGGAACUGGUCGCGGUGGUGGUGGGGGUUUUUCAAAAGUCUGGCGUGAUAACAUCACCCGCUGCCGCCAAAGGCCACGAAAAAAGGAAAAGUGAUGAGUCGGCGAGAUUUAUAGACCCGGAAUAUUUUUAUUAUUAAGAUUUACAAGAAGAAUGGAAGAAGGAGGAAGAAUUCAAUGUCAAUCAACGGUCAGGGAAGAAGAAGAAGAGGGGAACAAUAACAAAGGUACAAGCUUUACAUAGAAUCCCGAACAAAAGAAGAAGAAGCGAAAGUUUGUUGAACCCUUUCUGUGUGCAAGUUCUUUAUUUUCUCGAUACAUUUUUAUUUGAAAUCAAUUGUGGACAAGUUUUUGAUUUGCUUUGAUGGUUUUUGACGACCGAAAUGGCUGGUUAAAUUUAUUAUUCUUUUUUAUUAAAUUUCAGGUUGGCGUGAUAAUACGUAAUUUGUGGUCUUUUGAAAAAAAGUCGGUUAAGAAAAGAAAAGCGGCCAACCGAAGAAAUGUUGAACUCAUUUUUGGCUUAAUCGUCUUAUUGCUAAUCAGAAAAGAGAAAAUAAGAUUUACCGAUCACAAAAACGUCCAUCUCAAUAUGAAUUUUGUUUUUGAAAAAGGGCCAGUUUGCGGUGUGACUUUUCCUUCAACUGGAAUUAGCGGACGAAAUGUUUUUUGGCGAUGAGAAAAAUGGUUCUUUUGUUAUUUGCCCGUUCGAUGAUGUGUGGACCCGAACAACUCAAGAGAGGAAUAUCUUUUGGGUGGGAAGGCGUAUAGACACCACCACCACCACACACCUGGUGCGUGCGUGUUACUCUCUGCUCGGUCGACUAUUCUCCGGUGGGAGGAAUAGGGGAGGGUUGAAAGAAGGAGGAGGUGGGUGGGUGACUUGGGCUUGCCAAAGCCUCCAAAAGCCAAGCGUCCGAACGUUCACCUCCUCAGUCUUGGUCCAGCCACUAGCCGACUAGUCUGAGACUAUAAAACUCACCUCGCGCUCCAGCCAAUCUCAUCUUCCUCUACUUCUUCUCACUCAAAAUUCAAUUAUAUUUAAAAAACAUUUAAGUUUGUGCUGCCCAAUCAACAG